CCAUUCUCGUUUCGUAUGUUCAAGUGUUCAGUUGUCUCCCUUAGUUGUGAAUACGAUUUUAAAAGCGCUAUCAAAUACAUCUUAAAUAAAUAUAACUUAAGUGGCUGUUGUCCAUUUGACAUGUUAUACUUUUAAGUAUUGUGCAGCUUCUUCCCUUAACAACGUUUGAACGGCUGCAGAAUGUGGUUGUCGACAGAUGUUUUAAGCUUGCUAAUAUGCCUUACGAUUUCUAUAGCGACUGCAAAAACUAUCAAGCGUAUUCCCUUGCUGAAUCGUCCUGCCUGCCCUGAUGAUUCUCAUCUUCUCAAAGAUAAGCACAUUUGUGCCUUGGAUAACUUACCUUCUGAAUCAUGCGAUGCCGGGUUUGAACUUUCCACAGAAGGCAACGGGUGUCAAGACAUCAACGAAUGUGCUAUGGAGGAUGAAGACCCAAAAACCGGACGUAUAAUCCAUCGCUUCUGUGAGUACAAGUGUGAGAAUACAAAAGGAUCCUUCCGGUGUCACUGCCCUGAGGGUUAUAAUCUCCUCGAGGAUAAGCAGAGUUGUACCUUGAGUGGCUUACAUCCUCCCGCACCUUCAACCAUAAAGGAAGAUGAUGCAAAAACCUUCCCAGCUAAAUCCACUAAUGCCUCCCUCGUUAAUGUUACAAGAUGCACCUACCAGAUAAUGUAUCUCCCAAAUGGAAAUUACAAAUGUAAGUGUCCGGGUUACAAACUAUCCGAUGAUCAGCAUUCCUGCCUGAUGGACAAAUCCUUCUGCUCCACGGGAAAGGGGCAUGAGAGGUGCUCGCCAGGAACAUGUCUACUCCGUGAGGAUGAGACUGACUUCACCUGUAAGUGCCCAUUGGGUUUCCGCAGCGAAGGUCUCAGUUGCGUCGACGUUAACGAGUGCACGGAUGGAACACACUUGUGCAGUCACGAAUGCCAGAAUACCCACGGUAGCUAUCAAUGCUCGUGCCCACAAGGUCUUACGCUUAGUAACAAUUUCACCUGUACGGAUCCCUGUGAGCUCAAUAACAACGGUUGCGAUCACAUGUGCUUGGCUGACAAGGGCGGUGAGUGUUCCUGUCGCGAAGGAUAUCGCUUAAAGUCCGAUGGCAAAAGUUGCGAAGAUGUGGACGAGUGUCUGGAGUACAAGGGGGGCUGUGAGCAGAAGUGCCGCAAUCUGCAAGGUACCCAUGAAUGCUACUGCGUAAUGGGUUGGUUGGCUAAAGACAAAAAAACUUGCCAGAACUUGCCCAAGGACCCUUGUCGCCAACCUCCGAACCCCCGGAACGGCAAAGUCUUUUGUAAACGGUAUCAACAAUCGCCGUUUUAUGAAUGGCACUGCGAUAUUACCUGCGAUCCUGGCUACGCUUUGCAGGGUCCGGGACAUAGAACCUGUUUUCUUACCGGAACUUGGAGUGGUUCAGAAACCAAGUGCGUGGCUGACAAUCAAAAAAGCGUGUUGGGGACAGAACUCUUUCCUGUUCACCAAAGAGUGAUCUACACCCAAGAUCUAUUCAAAUUCAUCUUCCCUAUCGGACGUUUAAAUUAUGACUACUUUUUUGAGGUCUCACCGCAAUUGAAAUGGCCGGAAAUCGAAUUGUAGAUGAUGACGAUUUUUUUUUUUAAAAAGCAGUUUUCUGCUUUCAACUUUAAUUUGAAUACUGUAAGCAAGGGCAAAAAUAGCUAAAAAAGAAUAAUAAAAAACUACACUCAGAAAAAAAAUGAUUUAAGUGUACAAAUUUCCAGUC